AUGGAGACUCUGAACACAGAUGAGCUCUGCUUCCCACACCUCCUCAAUGCCUCCUGCAGGAAGCCGCCACAGCGUCCUGCUGAGAACGUUUUCAUCUUCAUGGUGUUGUGUCUUCUGUCUGUGCUGACUGUGACUCUAAACCUGCUGGUUAUCAUCUCUGUCUCUCACUACAGGCAUAGAAACUAACAUAACGUUUUCUGACUGAAUCUUAUUUUGAUGGCUGUUUCAAUAAUUGAUUGUUAUUUUUUCCAGGGCACAAAGUAUCAGAUAUGUCGAACUUUAGAACUUCAGAACAGUCUAAUCCAAAUACUGCAGCUGUUGUUUCUCUGUGUCUGCAGGCAGCUGCACACCCCCACCAACCUCCUCCUGCUCUCUCUGGCCGUCUCAGACUUCCUUGUUGGGUUCUUUGUGAUGCCGAUUCGUAUUCUUCUCACAGAGGGUUGCUGGGUUUUGGGGACUUUCAUGUGUGGACUGUUUAACUUUGCCUCUUUCAUUCUUACAUCUGUGUCAGUGGGACACAUGGUGCUCAUAUCAGCUGAUCGAUACGUGGCCAUCUGUGACCCGUUACGUUACCCCACCAAAGUCACUCUGAGGAGAGUUCAAGUCUGUGUUUGUCUGUGUUGGGCCGCUUCUGCUUUCUACAAUGGAGUGAUUCUGCAGGUCGCUCUCACAGACCCAGACAACAAUAACCACUGCCUUGGAGAGUGUGUGCUGCUUGUAGAUUAUCUAACAGGAGCUUUUGAUGUGGUCAUCACUUUCUUUGGUCCCAUUAUAGUCAUUGUGGUUCUGUACAUGAGCGUGUUUGUGGUGGCUGUGUCUCAUGCUCGAGCCAUGAGGUCUCACAUCAUUUCUCUCCAGAGUUCAGCUCACCUGAGUGUAAAAAAGUCUGAACUGAAAGCAGCAGCAGCUCUGGGUGUGGUUGUGUUCAUGUUUCUGGUGUGUUUUUGUCCGUAUUUCCUCCCUUCUGUCACGGGACAAGAUCUUGACUCCAGUCAUUUUUCUUCAAUUUUUGGAAUUUGGCUCUUUUACGCAAACUCAUGUUUGAAUCCAGUGAUUUAUGCUUUUUUCUAUCCCUGGUUCAGGAAAUCUCUGAAGAGUAUUGUUACCCUGCAGAUACUGCACCCUAACUCCUGUGAUGUCCUUUUAUUGUAAAGUUGUCAAACAACUCAUAGAAAUGGGACCCUAUUUUGGUUUUACCCCUAUACAUGUAUUUGUAUUUUUUUCCAGGAAUUCAUGAAAAAAUAAAC